UAAAGGAAAAAGGGAGUUUUUUUUUUUAAAUUGAAAUCAAAUUCUAGUCUAAAAAUGUCCAAACCAAUUAAUGCAGGAAAUGCGAACGUAAGAAUAGGUAUCGCUAGAUUUACUUUUAAAAAUGGAGAUAGCUAUGAAGGAAAAUAUCAAGUAAACAUUGAGAGAUGCAUCUUAGUUAAGCAAGGUCAAGGGAUAUAUAUAACUGAUAAUUUUGACACGUACAAUGGCAAAUGGUACAAUGAUGAGUUUAAUAAUGUUGAAUUUCACAUUCGAUACAAUAAUAAUGCACAAUACAAGGGAAAUGUUGACCCGAACGGGGCAAUGAACGAUAUAGGAACAUACAUUUUUCCUGAUGGGUCAUCAUUAACGUCGACAUGGUCUCAAAAUAAACCUAUCUCGAACAUUGUUUAUAAAGAACCACUUGGAUAUGAAUGGACACCCUUGUCAAUUUCAGAUAAUGUUUGUAUAAAUAUAAAAUUAUGAAUUAACAAAAUGUAUUAUAAUUU